CAGCCAGAGAAUGCCAAGAUCUUAAGGAUAUCUCUCAUCGGAGCACCAAAUGCUGGUAAAUCAACCUUAACCAAUAGCUUGAUGAACUGGAAGGUGAGCUCGGUUUCAAACAAAGUUCAUACCACUAGAAAAAAUACAUUAGCUGUCUGUACAGAAGAUGAAACACAAAUUAUAUUUCUUGAUACACCUGGUGUGUUAGAUCCUGCCAAGAGAAAAAGACAUAAUUUAGAAGCUAGUAUGGUAACGGAUCCAGAAGAAAGUGUAUCAAAAGCUGAUAUGAUUGGUGUGUUAGUAGAUGUUUCUGAUACUUGGACAAGAACAGCACUGAAUAAAUAUGUUUUAAAAAUAUUACAUUUAAAUAAACAUAUACCUUCAAUUCUCAUAUUAAAUAAGGUAGAUUUAGUUAAACAUAAAGGUGUAUUACUGAAAAUAUGUCAGAAAUUAUUAAAUGAUAGAUGUGGAGGCAAACCAUUAUCGGUUAAUUCUGAUGAUAAUAAAACUAGCAAAGAAGUUACACUUAAAGAGAUGUUAUCACAAUAUCAUGAUAGACAGAGUGAGAAAGAACUGGAAAAUGAAACCGGAUGGUCACAUUUUUCCAAUGUUUUUAUGGUGGCGGCUAAAAGAGAUGAUGGUGUAAAAGAAUUAAAAGAAUAUUUAAAAGGUAUGGCUAAGCCAGGGGACUGGCAGUACCACAGUAGUAUAGUUACUGAUAAAUCACCACAAGAAGUAGCUAUAUCACUUGUCCAAGAACAAUUAUUAGAACAUUUAGCAUUAGAAAUACCAUACAAAAUAUUACCGGUAGGUAACAUAGAAUAA